AUGCCUCCUCCAAAGAUCUUUCAGGCUUUCAAGCGGUCGACGUCUCGCGGCGGCUCAGCUGCGCCUACUCAUGGUAUGGAGCCACGGCCUUACGAGUAUGGCAGCGUCGGAAGGAACAGCCAUUAUCGGCCGGACACCAUGUACACCGAUGCUACUGGUCACUCGGCCUACUCCGGCCGUACUGCGAUUGAUGACGACGAGGACUACGAGGACCUGGGCGAGUACUCGAAUGCUCGACAUCAUGCUAUCCCGGUGGAACUGUCAGACACUAGUGAGAGUCGUAUCCCGAGAGUGCAACGGAUGGAUGAUCCGCGCUCUACUAUGUAUGAUACAAUCCCGGAAGAAGACGAGGAAACCGCGCGUACAGUGUCCGACGACUAUGUCGACAUAGGCCACCACCCGCAUGGAGACUAUUAUCAUCGCUCCCGAUCCUCACACUACACGGACGACACUAUGAUGCAAGAUUAUGGACCACUCUCCUUAUCAUCAACCUCCCGCGAUGCAUACGCCCUCGAGACAUGGGCAGACUACCGUGACUACGGCGCUGCGUCUUCGUCGCACCGGCAAGCCAAAUACCAAGAAACGACAGCAAAAGUGAACUUUGCGCCUCAGGAACGCCACAGAGACCGAUACGAUCGGCGCGACAACCGAGAGCAGACCCUGCCCCGUCGUGAAUAUACCCAGCCGGCAGUUCAUACUAUAUCCCAUAGCGGUAGCCGUCGUCGGGGAGAGACUUACUACAUUAUCCCGGGUAACAAACCUGUGAUAUUCAAGGAUCAACGCGGCAACGAAAUAGCUCGCGUCGGCGAUUUCAGCGGGAAGACGAGAAGCCGCAGGAGACACCCUAUCAUUGUGCAGGACGAAUAUGGUCACGAGUUAUAUCGGAGCGGGGAUGUAGACGACCCCUAUGGCAGAUCUCGAGACCAUGGAAACCAUAGGUAUGCUUCUUUAUUUCGUCAUGGUGUUUUGCGGGUCGUGAUUGUUCCGCCCUAG